AUGGCUUCUUCUUCCUCCCUUUUUUUUUAUUUUCUAUUCCUUCUUUUUACUGAUAUAACAUUUUCUUCUUUUUCUUUUUCUUCUUCUUCUUCUUCUUCUUCUUCUUCUUCUUCUUCUUCUAUCGUAUCUUUCGAAGGAUUUAAUAAACACUCCCUAUCUUUCUUCUUCUUCUUCUUCUUCUUCUUCUUCUUCUUUUCGUUUGUUCAUCACUUCUUCUUCUUCUUCUUCUUCCAAAAAGAUUUAAUAAUCACUCUUUAUCUUUCUUCUUCUUCUCCUUCUCCUUCUUCUUCUUCUUCUUCUUCUUCUUCUCGUUUGUUCAUCACCCCCUAUUUUCUUCGUUUUCAUCUAUCUUUCUUCUUCUUCUCCUUCUCCUUCUUCUCCUUCUCCUUCUUCUUCUUCUUCUUCUUCUUCUUCUUCUUCUUCUUCUUCUUCUCGUUUGUUCAUCACUCCCUAUCUUCUUCUUCUUCUUUCAACUGGUUUGUUCAUCACUCCCUAUUUUCUUCGUUUUCAUCUUCCAAAGGAUUUAAUAAUCACUCCCUAUCUUUCUUCUUCUUCUUCUUCUUCUUCUUCUUCUUCUUCUCGUUUGUUCAUCACUCCCUAUCUUCUUCUUCUUCUUCUUCUUCUUCUUCUUCUUCUUCUCGUUUGUUCAUCACUCCCUAUCAUCUUCUUCUUCUUUUUCUCGAUUUAAUAAUCACACCCUAUCUUUCUUCUUCUUCUUCUUCUUCUUCUUCUUCUUCUUCUUCUUCUUCUUCUUCUUUUUCUCGUUUGUUCAUCACCCCCUAUUUUCUUCGUUUUCUUCUUUUUAAUAAUCACACCCUAUCUUUCUUCUUCUUUCUUCUUCUUCUUCUUCUUCUUCUUCUUCUUCUUCUCGAUUUAAUAAUUCUAUCUUUUCUUCUUCUUCUUCUUUCUUUUUUCUCGUUUGUUCAUCACCCCCUAUUUUCUUCGUUUUCUUCUUCCGAAGGAUUUAAUAAUCACACCCUAUCUUUCUUCUUCUUCUUCUUCUUCUUCUUCUUCUUCUUCUUCUUCUUCUCGUUUGUUCAUCACCCCCUAUUUUUUUCGUUUUCUUCUUCCGAAGGAUUUAAUAAUCACACCCUAUCUUUCUUCUUCUUCUUCUUCUUUCGUUUGUUUCUUCUUUUUCUUCUUCUUCUUCUAUCAAAUGGUUUGUUCAUCACUCCCUAUUUUUUUUCGUUUUCUUCUUCCAAAGGAUUUAAUAAUCACUCCCUAUCUUUCUUUCUUCUUCUUCUUCUUCUUCUUCUUCUUUUUUCUCGUUUGUUCUUAAUCACACCCUAUCUUUCUUCUUUCUUCUUCUUCUUUUUCUCGUUUGUUCAUCAUCAUUUUCUUCGUUUUCUUCUUCCAAAGGAUUUAAUAAUUCUUCUUUCUUCUUCUUCUUUUUUCUCGUUUGUUCAUCACCCCCUAUUUUUUUCUUUUUCUUCUUCCGAAGGAUUUAAUAAUCACACCCUAUCUUUCUUCUUCUUCUUCUUCUUCUUCUUCUUCUUCUUCUUCUUCUCGUUUGUUCAUCACCCCCUAUUUUCUUCGUUUUCUUCUUCCGAAGGAUUUAAUAAUCACACCCUAUCUUUUUUUUCUUCUUCUUCUUUUCUUUUUUUCUCGUUUGUUCAUCACCCCUAUUUUUUUUCGUUUUCUUCUUCCGAAGGAUUUAAUAAUCACACCCUAUCUUUCUUCUUCUUCUUCUUCUUUUCGUUUGUUCAUCACUCCCUAUCUUCUUCUUCAUCUAUCAAAUGGUUUGUUCAUCACUCCCUAUUUUCUUCGUUUUCUUCUUCCAAACGAUUUAAUAAUCUAUCCUUUCUUCUUCUUCUUCUUCUUCUUCUUCUUCUUUUCUCGUUUGUUCAUCACCCUAUUUUUUUUCGUUUUUUCUUCCGAAGGAUUUUGUAUCUUUCUUCUUCCCUUCUUAUUUUCUUCUUCUUCUUUUUCUUCUUCUUCGUUUUUUCUUCCGAAGGAUUUAAUAAUCACACCCUAUCUUUCUUCUUCUUCUUCUUCUUCUUCUUCUUUUCUUCUUCUUCUUCUUCUUCUUCUUUUUCUCGUUUGUUCAUCACCCCCUAUUUUUUUCGUUUUCUUCUUCCGAAGGAUUUAAUAAUCACACCCUAUCUUUCUUCUUCUUCUUCUUCUUUUCGUUUGUUCAUCACUCCCUAUCUUCUUCUUCUUCUAUCAAAUGGUUUGUUCAUCACUCCCUAUUUUCUUCGUUUUCUUCUUCCAAAGGAUUUAAUAAUCACUCCCUCCCUUUCUUCUUCUUUUCUUUUCUUCUUCUUCUUCUCGUUUUGUUUCUAUUUUUUUUCUUUUCUUCUUCCGAAGGAUUUCUUCACCCUAUCUUUCUUCUUUCUUCUUCUUUUUCUUCUUCUUCUUCUCGUUUGUUCAUCACCCCUAUUUUUUCUUUUUCUUCUUCCGAAGGAUUUAAUAAUCACAUCUUCUUUUCUUCUUCUUCUUCUUCUUUUCGUUUCUUCUUCUUCUUUUUCUCGUUUGUUCAUCACCCCUAUUUUCUUCGUUUUCUUCUUCGAAGGAUUUAAUAAUCACACCCUAUCUUUCUUUCUUCUUCUUCUUUUCGUUUGUUCAUCAAUCUUCUUCUUCUUCUAUCAAAUGGUUUGUUCAUCACUCCCUAUUUUCUUCGUUUUCUUUUUCCAAAGGAUUCCAAACUAUUUCUUCUUCUUCUUCUCUUCUUCUUCUUCUUCUUCUUCUUUUCGUUUGUUCAUCAAUCCCCCCUUCUUCUUCUUUUUUUUCUUCUUCCUUCCCCAUGCUUCUACUUCCCAACUGCUUUUACAUCUCGACGCCUUCGCAGGGGCUUCAUCUACCUCCGGUCGAGGCUUUUUAAAACUGUUCAACCUCCCCCUUCUAUGUUGUGAUUUUCCUCGUUGCCUGAAAGGCCAUCACAUAAGAAUAUACUUACGAUUUAAUAACUCCCUCUUCUUCUUCUUCUUCUUCUUCUUCUUCUUUUCGUUUGUUCAUCACUCCCUAUCUUUCUUUCUUUCUUCUUCUUCUUCUUCUUCUUCUUCUUUUUCUUCUUCUUCUUUUCAACUUGCGAAGACAUUAAAAACGCCGGCAAAGAAUUCUGGGAUUGAAGAACCGCAACGUGAAACAAAGUGA